CGCAGAAUGACUGAGGAAAUAACGGAGGAAGUUAAUUUAAUCAUUAAAUGUGCCUUGCAAUCUUUCGACGAUACGCCGAUCAGAUGUCCUUUAGAAUGGACUGUGCAAAGGCUGAAACAGGAACUGUCUGUCGUUUGCUCAUCUAAACCCGAGGCAUCACGCCAGCGACUGAUUUAUGCAGGUCAUUGUCUUCAAGAUGCUAGGACCCUCCGUUCGGUUUUUGAGAACCGUCCUGAAGAGGAAGUAAGAGUGUUACAUCUAGUGUGUCCUCCGAAAGAAUAUGCAGAUUUUGGUUUAAGGAAACGGAAGACCCAAAGAACAGGAGUGAAAAGCAAUACUAAUGCAGUUGGCUCUCACAGUGGGAGUAAUGCAGCAUCCAAUGUUACCGGGCAAAGAGAUCCCGCAGGUGUUUCCACUCCGAACACAAAUGCUUGGGCAGGUUCCACUCAGCAUAAUGUAUAUCAGAUGCCGAGUGGUGUUCAAGUGGAUGCAAAUUUCCAAAACAUAUAUAAUGCUUAUAUGUACUCUUAUUAUACCUAUAUGCAGCAGAUGUGGUCGAAUUACAAUGGUGGCGUUCAGUCACCAUUUGUAUUUCCUCAGGCAUAUAAUCCUAAUCAGUAUUAUCCCUUCCCUCAGAUGCCAAGGUUAGCACAACAGCAGCAGCCACAGCGGCAGCAACAGGCACCUCCGGAAAUACAGAAUGCGGCAGCGGGUGGUAUGGCCCAAAAUGCAAUUAUCGGAGAUGUGGACGCUCCUCAAAGAGAUUUUUUAGACAUUGUAUACAAGGACAAGAUAGCAGAUAUCUUGCAUAUCAUGUUACUAAAGGUUGCGAAACUCACUACUUUAUUUACUUGGUACUUCCAGGCAAUUCGGUUGUGCUUUUUGGUUAUGUUAGUAUACGUCUAUUCUUCUGUGGAACGUUUUGUCGGUGUUCUCUUUUUCCUUUUAAUCGCUUGGUUUAUACAAGCACGCCGUGAUCGUAAUGGUAGAGUAAGAGAUGAAAGGGAAGUAGCUCAAGCGGUUAAUGAUGUUCGCCAACAGCCUCAGGUGAAUUUUGGGGCGGAGGAACCAGAAAAUGAAGACAGCGGCGUUUCUGAUGAAGAAGAAAGUGUCAGACCGAAUGUUGAUCCAAAUGAUUUUCGUGAGCCGUCUGCGUGGUCAAUAUUUUGGUCUACUUGUUAUGCUUUCAUAAGUGGCUUUUUUGCGUCCUUAUUUCCUGAAAAUCAAGCUCCAGUCAAUGUGAAUUAG